GAUCCGAAUCCGUCAUGUUCGCAGCUCCAUCAGAAGGAAAUCCCCCUCCGAUCGGCCAUUUUAGACUUUAAUCUCUCUCUCUCUGCUAUUUUAGACUUCAAUUUCUCUCUCUCAGGUCAUCGCAGUUUACUUUCUUCUGGACUCUACCCUAACCCUGCUUGGUCCUCCACUUUUUAGAUCUGAUGAAACUCGUAGACAAAUUUUUGCUGUGCUGGUUUAUUUUAUUGACCUUAACAGCCUCCAUUUGCGAUGGCGCUGGAUCGAACCCUGAUGGUUCGACUAAGAACAAGUUCAGGGAGCGCCAAGCUACUGAUGAUAACUUGGGGUAUCCCAAUAUAGACGAAGACUCUCUGUUAAACUCCACUUGUCCUAAGCAUGUAGAAUUACGGUGGCAGGCAGAGGUCAGCUCAAGCAUAUAUGCAACUCCUUUAAUCGCUGAUAUAAAUAGUGAUGGCAAGCUUGAUGUUGUAGUUCCUUCUUUUGUUCAUUACUUGGAAGUAUUGGAGGGUUCAGAUGGAGACAAAAUGCCAGGAUGGCCUGCUUUCCACCAAUCAACCGUUCAUGCCAGUCCUCUUCUUUAUGAUAUUGAUAAGGAUGGCGUAAGGGAGAUUGCUUUAGCUACCUACAAUGGUGAAGUUCAUUUUUUCAGGGCCUCUGGCUACCAAAUGACAGAAAAAUUGGAGAUUCCUCGCCGGAAAGUUCGAAAAGAUUGGUAUGUGGGCUUGCAUCCUGAUAUAGCAGAUCGUUCGCAGCCAGAUGUCCAUGAUGAGGCUCUUGUUCAGGAUGCGGCCGAUAUGAAGAAAACAUCAAAUAUGAAUGAAAGCAUGGGUGCUUCAAACGUCACCAGCAAGUCUUCCACAAACAAGUCUGAUACCUCAAAAGAAGGGCAACAAAAUGCCCCUUCAACAGAACAGAAUCAUAUAGAUAAUAAGACAAUGAAUCCAGUCUCUACGGGCACCAUUUCUUUAAACACUAGCAUAUCAGAACAUGCAACACAUUCCCAGAGGCGUCUCCUUCAAGUUUCAGAAUCUAAAGGUUUUCAGGAGGGUGGUUCUGGGUCUAACAUUAAUGCCGGUGAGAAUAAUGGUGGAAAUGAAGCAACUGUGGAAAAUGAUGAGACUUUGGAGGAUGAUGCUGAUGCAUCAUUUGAUUUAUUCCGAGAUGGAGAAGAGGAGCUAGCUGAUGAGUACAAUUAUGAUUACGAUGAUUAUGUUGAUGAGACUAUGUGGGGCGAUGAGGACUGGACAGAAGGAAAACAUGAAAAGAUAGAGGAUUUUGUGAAUAUUGACUCACACAUCCUUUGUACUCCAGUCAUUGCAGAUAUCGACAAUGAUGGCGUGUCAGAAAUGGUUGUUGCAGUAUCGUACUUUUUUGAUCACGAGUACUACGACAAUCCGGAUCAUCUGGCAGAAUUGGGUGGUAUAAAUAUAGGCAAAUAUGUUGCUGGUGGCAUUGUUGUUUUCAAUCUUGAUACAAAGCAAGUCAAGUGGUUCGCACCGCUAGAUUUAAGCACAGAUACUGGAAAAUUCCGGGCGUAUAUUUAUUCUUCUCCUACUGUGGUUGAUUUGGAUGGAGAUGGAAACUUGGACAUUAUUGUGGGGACUUCUUUUGGCUUGGUCUAUGUUCUAGACCAUCAUGGCAAUGUAAGAGAGAAAUUUCCUCUGGAAAUGGCUGAGAUUCAGGGCCCAGUUGUGGCAGCUGAUAUUAAUGAUGAUGGUAAAAUUGAACUAGUAACGGCAGAUACCCAUGGAAAUGUUGCGGCAUGGACUGCUCAAGGAGAUGAAAUUUGGGAAGUGCACGUGAAGAGCUUAAUUCCACAGGGUCCCACAGUUGGUGAUGUUGAUGGUGAUGGUCAUACUGACAUUGUGAUUCCGACAAUAUCAGGGAAUAUAUAUGUCCUUAGAGGAAAAGAUGGGUCAAUAGUCCGUCCAUUUCCUUAUCGUACCCAUGGAAGAGUGAUGAAUCAUGUAUUACUCCUCGAUCUAAGCAAACGAGGCGAGCAACGAAAGGGCUUGACUCUUGUCACAACUUCAUUUGAUGGUUAUCUUUACCUCAUUGAUGGCGCUACAGCAUGUGCAGAUGUUGUAGAUAUUGGUGAAAUCUCAUAUUCCAUGGUCCUGGCUGAUAAUGUUGAUGGUGGAGAUGACCUUGAUCUUAUUGUGACAACAAUGAAUGGAAAUGUCUUCUGCUUUUCUACUCCUGCUCCCCAUCACCCUCUGAAGGCUUGGAGAUCACCUAAUCAAGGUAGAAAUAAUGUAGCUCCUCGCCACAACCGUGAAGGAAUAUACAUCAAACAUGGAUCACGGGGUUUCCGGGAUGAGGAAGGCAGUGACUUUUGGGUGGAGAUGGAGAUUGUCGACAAAUAUAGAUUUCCUUCGGGCUCUCAAGCACCUUAUAAUGUCACGACCACGUUGCUGGUUCCCGGUAAUUACCAAGGACCGAGACAGAUUAAGCAUAACCAGAUCUACAGCCAGCCUGGAAAGCAGCGGAUCAAGCUCCCGACUGUGAAUGUUCGAACCACUGGCACAGUGUUGGUUGAGAUGGUGGACAAGAAUGGCCUCCACUUCUCAGAUGAGUUUUCUCUCUCUUUUCACAUGCAUUAUUAUAAAUUGUUGAAAUGGCUUAUGGUCCUUCCAAUGCUUGGUAUGUUCGGUGUACUUGUAAUUUUUCGGCCACAGGAAGGUGCAGCGUUGCCUUCCUUUUCGAGAAACACGGAGCUCUAAAAACAUGAUGUUGUUGUUGAGGCUGUGUUAGCAAUGUUUUAUAUGGAGUUUUGAAGGGAUAGGCUUGCUAAUGAAGAAAGUUUCUACCAUUUGACUUGAGAGAGAGAGAAAGAGAAAGAGAGCGAGAAAUAGAGAGUUGUAAUUUCUUUGAUUAUAGAAAAUACUAACUGAACAUGGUGAAUAAUUGCUGUCGUGAACAGUCUAAUUCAUGGGUGAUCGUACUUGUGGACAUUGGAGAGAGCGAGAGGAAGGGAAGGACGGAAUGGGGGUGGGGCACGGGUGGUUAGGGGGGCGGAUGCCUGGACAUAGCGUCCUGCCCUUCCAUUCCCACCAUUGAUAUAUGUUGUUUUUUGAUUUGAUCGUGCUCUUAGAUCGAUGCAAAUCCGAGUGUAAACAGUAUGUCUCAAAGCGGGAGAGAGAGAGAGAGAGGCAAUUUCUUCAAUUAUAGGAAGCUUGAGUAACAAAUCACAACAA